CUCACUUCUAAAAUUUGCGGAGGCAGGCAUGAGUGCACGAUUAACUUGAAGAAGACAAACCGGGAGAAGAAAGAAAUGGCGUCGAACGCGGCGGUGCCGUUCUGGAGAGCAGUCGGAAUGACUUACAUAACUUACUCCAACCUGUGCGCCAACAUGGUGAGGAACUGCCUUAAGGAACCCUACAGAUCCGAAGCCCUAAGCCGUGAGAAGGUCCAUUUCUCCAAGUCCAAUUGGGUAGAGAGAAAGCCUCAGAAGCCCAGAAGGUUGUUUGGCUUUACAAAGACACUUUAUGACAUCCAAUAUUAAGGAGGGCAACAUCAAAGACUUGCAGUUACGAAUUUGUCCCUGGGAGAUGAUUUCACAGUUGUGGAGUAUGCAGUAGUAUAAGUUAAAAAGGAAAGAAUAAAUUAUCCUUGUGCACCCAACUGUUUUGUACCCCUCCUCAUGCUUUGUUAAUGAGAAAUCUUUAUUUGUCAAUUGUCAUUGAGGCUAUCUAUUUCAACAUGCAGUUAAAUAAACAUUCAUGUGAACCUUUUAAAAAAACGUUCAUGUGAAAGAAACAAAAAAGGCAAGUGCAGGUUGGUUGAUUAACCUUUAGAUACACAAAGUGAUUUUUUUAUCUCUAAAUAGUUUGUUUGAGAGCUUAUGGGUCAUCCAACUCACUUUCUAAGAGAAUAUGCAGAUUGUGUUAUGAUCUUAUUUAGUGAUUCAAUAAUGAGUUUUAUCAUUUUGUAUUAACAGAAAGCUGAUUUUUGUGUCUUAUAAGCUGUGUUUUUGGUGUCUAAUAAGCUGCGUUUUUCAUAAUCUAUUCAGGACAAAAUUCCUAGAUGAUUAAAGAGUCUUUUCCCAACUUCCAAGUGUAUUCAUUAUGAAGCAAUCUAUGCAUUUUGAUGUGUAACUCAGGUUGAAAAAAAUCCGGUUUUAAUAGAAUCCAAAAUUUCAGGUUGGUUCUUUGAAGCGGAAGCAACUUUCAGUCUGGCCGGUCAAUCUGAUUCAUAUGACAACAAGGCAGAUCCUAGAUGAUUGCAAGGUUAUAGAUUUUGGAGAUAUUCAAAAAAGGUCAUAUUGGCGCAUAAACUGUGAAUGUGCAUUACAUGAAUUCCAUGCAGGAACACAAUUGAUGGGUAUUGCAUAACAUGAUUAAUCUAUGUAUGACCAAGAAAUGCCGCUUUUACAAGAAUUGAUAGAGGGGCAGCCUCCACUUAUGAAAGCUAUCAAAACCAAUGGAUAAUGGUCUUUACUCACUCUCAAGAAAAGACAAUAAAUAAGGGAAUAUGGUCCAUGUUCUUUGAUGCAAAAAACUCUGAAUUGUAUUAUGCUUGGAAACUUAAAGUACUCAGAACUACUCAAAUUUUUAUUUACCUUUGUUUCUAGGCACAAUCAAUGCCAAGGAGAUGAUUGUUUCCAUGAGAUUUCUCUAAAGUAGCUAUUCCUAUAUGUUACGUGUUUAAACAAAUGUGGGCACUCUUAAUGGUGAAGUUGGGGUUGAAGUGUGUGAAGCAUCUUGGUGAAUUAUCAUUCAUGCCAGCCCACAAAACAUCUGGUUUGACUGGGGAUAUCUUAUUAGUUGAGAUUGUUAUGGAUGGGUAAUAAAAAAAUAAUCUAGAACAUGACCAACUCAUCCGUAUUGUUUGACUGUAAGCC